AUGCAGAUUGUGUAGUUACAAAAAUUGCAUGCGAAAGCUAUUGAAGUCUCCCUUCUUGCAUUCAAUUGUCAAAUGGUUAGGGAUGAUUUAAUCAGACAGAAUAAAAUUUUUAAUGGAGUUUUUGUGAUUUCUAGCCAUGUGUUCAGGUUAAACUUUUAAGUAAUGAUUUACUAACAUACCAAUUAGGUGAAAUUAAUUAAUAUGGAGUAAAUUUUCCAAGGAAAACAGCUCUUGUUGGUGCUCAAAAAUUAAAUGCUGAAUAAUAACAAUAUUGUUAGACUAAAAUUAAAUAAGAUAGAGGCAGAUAUUCAUGGACUGCUUGGUCAGCUUGCAGAGAUUACAUAUGUAAAGAUGCAGUUCUCCUGA